GUUUCAGAUCCCCACCUCCGUGUCGUCUCAUCUCUCUCUCUCUCUCUCUCUCUCUCUCUCUCUCUCCUACGUCGUCUUCUUCCUCCUCCUCCUCUCUCUCGUCCUUGACGUCUUCUUGGACUCGCCAUUGAUGAGGGCUCGUCGUUGGUAGCUCACGGUGCUGAUGCGAGAGUAAAACCCCUGUGCUCCGUUAGCCAGUUUUAAGGGUUUGCGUUCCUCCUCGGCUCCGUUUGUUGAUGGUCAUCUAAAGGAGGAACUACGGAGAGGAAGAGGGAGGAGGCACAGCGCUCGUGUCGUUGGGUCGUAGAUUCACAUAUUCAACAUAAAAAUGGUGAACUUUGGGAAGAGGUUAAUGGCGGAUCAAGUGCAAGAGUGGAAAGAAUACUACAUCAAUUACAAGUUAAUGAAGAAAAAAGUAAAACAAUAUGUUCAACAAACUCAGGAGGGUGGAAAAGAUCGCCAGCAAGUCCUUAAAGAGUUCUCAAGGAUACUUGACGAUGAGAUAGAAAAGAUUGCCCUUUUUCUAUUGGAACAACAAGGGAUUCUUGCCAGCAGGAUCCUAUUCUUGGGAGAACAACGCACUGCUCUCGUACAAAGGCCUGACAUAUCCCAAAUAUGUGAACUGCAAGAAGCUUACAGGGCAAUAGGACAAGAUCUUCUGAAGCUUCUUAGAUUUGUGGAAAUGAAUGCCACCGGCAUUCGCAAGAUACUAAAGAAGUUUGAUAAGCGCUUCGGCUAUAAGUUUACGGAUUACUAUGUUACUACUCGUGCAAAUCAUCCUUAUUCUCAGCUGCAGCAGGUCUUCAAGCAAGUGGGAGUUGGGGCUGUCGUAGGUGCCUUAUCUCGCAAUCUCGCAUAUCUUCAGGAUUGUCAAGGAAGUUACUUAUCCAUCUAUGAUCAACCAUCCAUUAUUCUUAAGGACCCUGUAAUAGACCAAAUAAAUGCUUCAAUAAACAAAUUGACACAUUCAACAAAUUUCCUGCAAUUCUUAGGACAGCAUUCACUUAUUGCUCAGGAAGAUAUACCAAGUGCUGCAGAGGAUCAUACUGAUGACAAAAGUUACCAUUUUAUGUCUCUUCUUCUGAACUUGGUAAACACCUUCCUUUAUAUGGUCAAUACAUAUAUUAUUGUUCCAACAGCAGAUGACUACUCACUGAGCCUUGGAGCUGCUGCAACAGUUUGUGGUGUAAUUAUUGGAUCAAUGGCUGUUGCACAAAUAUUCUCUUCAGUCUACUUUAGUGCAUGGUCAAAUAAGUCAUACUUCAGGCCUCUUGUAUUUAGCAGCAUCAUGCUCUUUAUUGGAAACACACUGUACGCAUUGGCUUAUGAUCUUAAUUCAUUAACGAUUCUUCUAGUUGGUCGACUCUUAUGUGGAUUGGGUUCUGCAAGGGCUGUAAAUCGCCGUUAUAUCAGUGAUUGUGUACCUCUCAAGAUCCGUCUGCAGGCUUCUGCAGGAUUUGUCAGUGCUAGCGCUCUUGGAAUGGCUUGUGGUCCUGCUCUUGCUGGCUUUCUUCAAAUUAAUUUUAAGAUUUACACUCUCACGUUUAAUCAGAACACCUUACCUGGGUGGGUCAUGUCUUUGGCUUGGUUUAUGUACUUGUUUUGGUUGUGGAUUUCAUUCAGAGAGCCGGAACAUAACACUGAAGAGGAACAUUUCGCACAAUCUCCUGGUUCUGGACAAGGGAAAAAUGAUGAAUUGGAAGAUGGUCUUGCACAACCUUUGCUAGUAGAUGCGAAUGAGAGACAAGAUGAAGAUGGAGAUGAUUGUGAUGAUAGUGAAGAAUCCUCUGAAGAAUCUCGUAGACCUGCCACUUCAAUUGCCUCAGCAUAUAGACUGCUGACACCAUCGGUGAAGGUCCAGUUGUUAAUCUAUUUUAUGCUGAAAUAUGCAAUGGAAAUUUUACUUUCGGAGUCAAGUGUCAUUACGUCAUUCUAUUUUAGUUGGUCCACUAGCACGGUGGCGAUCUUCUUGGCGAUCCUUGGGCUGACUGUUCUUCCAGUCAAUGUGAUUGUUGGAAGCUACAUAACCAACUUGUUUGAGGACAGGCAAAUCUUGUUGGCAUCUGAAAUAAUGGUUUUGGCGGGUAUAUUACUAAGCUUCAAUGUUACAAGCCGGUAUUCUGUUCCACAAUAUGUCUCCUCAGCACUUGUGACAUUCGUAUUUGCUGAAGUGCUUGAAGGGGUAAAUUUGUCCCUCCUCUCUCGGGUUAUGUCGUCGAGGCUUUCUCGUGGAACCUACAACGGCGGGCUGUUAUCGACGGAGGCUGGGACCUUGGCCCGUGUCAUCGCAGAUGGCACAAUCACAUUGGCGGGCUUCUUGGGAGUGGAGCAUCUUCUUAACGUGACCCUGCUCCCUUCUCUCUUAAUCUGUAUAGCCUCUCUCGUCGCUACCUUCUUCACAUACAACUCUCUCUAUUGAGGAGCCCAUUUAUCCCAAUAAAUAUUUGUACAGUUAAUAAGGCUAGCUCAGCUUAGUGGCCUCUAUCUAGAUCAAACAAGUGGCUGCCCCAGUUAUAGCUAUUGUUGUAGCUAAUGUUGUAAGCAUUUACCUCCAUCUUCCCAUGUUGAUGGGAAUAUGCCCCAUAUACAUCCUGUUUCUUUCACCCUUUUAUAUUCUUUUGGAGAACUGCUGCAAAUAAUGGUGAUUAUGUUAUGCCCUUUCUCAUGGCA